AUGUCUGCGCCGGCGUCGGGAGAGCGGCACAAGCUACGAGGUAGUUGCCAUGCCUGCGCCUUAUCCAAGGUAAAAUGCUCCAAGGAGAAGCCGAUAUGUUCGCGUUGCACGAAAAGAGGAACGAGCUGCGAGUAUCUCGUUACCAAACGUCCAGGUCGAAAACAGCAGGAAAAUCGAUCGAAUCCAAAAGCACCGGUCAACACCACCAAGAUCCAAGAGGCGGCACCCGACUCCACGAUGGCUUCAACUUUCGCUCUCCCCGAGGACCAGCCAUGGUCAGUACCAAGCAGCUCUCCCAGCUGUUCUGAUGUCCUCUCGAGCCUCUUUGAGUCGGCUGAUUCGUCCUUGUCGUCAGCCCUGACAGACUGGAGCACUGACUUCGAUGACUACCUUGCAAAUUUCUCAACGCCUGAACCAGCCACAUUCGAUGCCCUUAGCCCCGAUCAGAUCGGUUUCAUCGGUCAUACAGAUAGUCACACUCCUACCACGUUACGUGGCAAGGAUAGCCCGGUCUUGGUGCCCCCAGGGGACACCAUCUCUCUAUUUGGACGUCCAGUGUCCGCCUCACAGACAUCUGCAGACCACCGUCCUCUGGAUGCGAGUAUCCCUGAUCAGCACCAUCAAAAAUCGACAUGCAAUUGUCUCUCUAACGCUUUGAAUUUGUUCAAAGAGCUUUCCAGCAGCGAACUGGUGCCCGGUGCUAUAUCGGGCAGGCGAACAGAUGAUGCGAUUGGAAGUCAUCUGCCAUCAAUUGGCACCACCAUCAAGACCAACCAGCAAACUAUGGAUCUAAUAAAUACGACCCUUCAAUGCAAAUGUUCGGGGGAUAGUUACGUUCUCAUAAUCGUGGUCCUUAUCAUCUUUAAGGUCCUGGAGAGGUACGCGACUGCCGCAACUGUCUCUAAUCAGAGUCCUACCACGAAUGAUCCCAGUGAUCUUUUCUCGCGUGUUUCAGAAACAGGGACUUGGAUCCCUAGCCCGACAGAUCAACGCGGUACGAGUGCAGCACCGGAACUGCGAAUAACAGCUGCACAGCGCGUUCUUGGCGAGCUACAUCGCGUCCAGCGGGCGUUGAACCAGCUGUCACCUGCACUAAGAACAUCUAAAGCGAGACAAAUGAGUUCUCUCGUUGACGCGCUCUGUAUUCCCAGGAAUCAUAGUUUCUCUGUUUUUCCAAAUAUUGUCAUGGACGAGUUAGAGCAGGAACUGCGCAAGCGUCUCGGCACUCUUUCAUUGGAGAUUAUUAAUGCGCUUCGAUUAGAAGAAUAG